UCAACGGUAGGUGUGAAAAAUUUAACAUGGCCAAUGUACGGGUAUGAAUUCGGGGGUCUUCUAAUAUCUAAAAGAUAAAAAUACAUGUUCUGAAAGAAAAUAAUCUUAUUCCAAAUUAAAAUGGCGCUUAUGAUUAAAACUGCUUCCAGAGCCAGUCAACAUAUAGAUCACAUGUGUACCAUACUAGGUGUAAGAAGAUUGUCAACAUCUUUAACGUUGCAACUUGACCAAAGAUGGAGAUCCAAAAGAGGUCUCACUGAGAAUCCCAAUACUUUCGGUCCACUCACAAAUUUACCGGAUUAUUCCUUUAAGGAUGGUCGACCAACGCCUUUAGGUGUCAGACAUAGAGAACGCCUUGAGAAACAACGGGAAUAUGCGGAAAGAAUUAUCAAACUGACACAAGAGAUUGAUUAUGCCGUGGAAAGACACGAUCGAUUAAAAAAAGAAGAAGCGGCCAAAAAUCAAGCAAUUUUAGAUAGGAAACUGAAACCCAAAGGUAAACUAAUGGCAGCAAAACAACCUACGAUAGACCAAGGCAAUUAAUUUUUGUUAGAGGAUUGUCAGUCUCCAGUUCAUGUAUGAUUACUGUAUUAUUUGUAUUGUUAUUAUUCAGGAUUGUUUCUUAACAUGAAUAAAAUAUAUUAUUCUACCAAAUGA